ACGGAUUAAAAUUAGAACUACAAAAAAAACAAUCUUACAUAUCUGCUUGUAAGGAGUUAUGUGAUUGGUUGAAAGAUGCAAAGGCGUAUGAGAGACCUGUACUCGAUGGUAUAUAUUCAUGCCUGGAAAUAAUAUCAAAAAGAGCUUUAGCAUUCGGGCUGCAGGUUGGAUUUCAAGUAACGUCAGUAGCAGCAGAACAUAUCGAACGAUUACGUUCUAUAAUGGGAUCCAAGGUGGAUGAUGUUCUACGUUGGCGAAAUGAGCUCGCUUCCAAGCUAUCUCCAGCAUCUGUCGCGCGUCUUUCUCCGUUGGGGGGACCUAUGACGCCAACUUUCCCAAAGACUCUACAAGGACAAAAUAUGUCACAAUUGUUGCAAAUGUCACAAACGCCACAACCAACCAAGUCACAAGCAUCGCUACCCAUGCUAGCUCAAACUUCUGGAGGAUACUCUAACGUAGCGGGGCCCAUAAUACCAACCCGAUCUGGCGUUCCAAUAACAAACGUGCAAUCAACGACAUCCUCAGCACCUAGUGCGCAAUCAUCUAUAGUUCAAACUCAAGGAAAUUAUGUAAAUAGUGUACAUAGGGGAAGUAUGAACUAUACUGCAUCUGUGCAACAAUCAACAGUGCCUUCAUCACCGUCUGUGAAGCACGAUGAUUGCUUUAGAGAGCCAGGCCAAGACAGCAAUAAGCACGCGGCCUUAUUUUGCAGACCUUUUGAGUAUGCAGUCAAGCCUCAGGUCUUACAGCAUAAGGCAGCGGUAACGCCGUUCACUUUUACAAUAAUGCCGAACCUUUUUAAAAGGCUUUACAGUCCCGACAAACAAUAUCACAUAACCGUCAACACCCCAUUGUCUCACCUACCAUUAACAUACGUUCUAAAAUCAUGCAAGGCGGCAAGUGCUAUCGAUGAUAAGUGUGAGUGGCCUGACGGUUUGCGCGUAUUUCUGAAUCGUAUGGAAGUCAAGCUGGAAAAGAAGACAAAAACGCCCGUUCCCAACAGGCAAGGACAGUUCACUUAUACGGGAAGAGAUCGGCCAGCAGAUUUGAGGCCAUACUUGAGAGAAGGGGAGAACCUUAUGUGCUUGGAACAGACCACAUGCUGUUGCUCUUAUCGGUUCUCAGUAGAGAUACUGUUGAGAGAAUCGGAAGAUCUCAUUCUACAUUACGUGCGAAGAAAGCAUUUGUCGGAACAAGAUGGAAUUACGAAUGUCGAUCGUCUAUUGUCCGGUGGUUUGGAUGACGAUGAUAUCGAAGUUAGGCAAGAAGUCAUAAAAGUCAGCAUGAAGUGUCCUUUAAGCCUGUUAAGAAUAAAAGAACCAGUAAAAGGAGCUAAAUGUCGACAUGUGGCCUGUUUCGACCUGUCAAGCUAUCUAGCGGUCAAUCGAGCAAAUCAGACUUGGAGAUGUCCUGAUUGCCAUAACAAAGUCUAUGCCAACGAUUUAAGAGUCGACAAGUUUUUUAUGAAAUUGCUGAAGGAAGUGCCUGACAAAGUAGAAACGGUUGAACUGGGUCUGAAUGGUACAUGGAAACCGGUAGCAGAUGCGACGCAGGGCGGUGACGGCGAAGCCUCGUCAGAUGAAGACGAAACGGCUACAGGCACACGAUCAAGGAAUUCACAGGCAGAAGUUGUCGUUCUCGCCGACAGUGAUGAUGAGGAAGCAGCGCCACCGCCAUCGCGUCCUCAACUUGCACAAACUCGCUCGCCCUCUCAGUCAACUUCUGCUCAGCCAUCUACGCCGCCGUCAUCUGGGCAGUCUACUCAAACGCCCUCGCGGAUACCCAGUUGGACAGAUUCUCCGACUCGGACGCAACAGGCAACGGUUAUGCCAAUGGAUGUGGAUCCUCCGUUUGUAUCAAGCGUGAAUCGAUGGUCUUCUUCCCAGUCGUCUUCGACAAAAUCACCACGUCUUUAUUACCCCACACAGGGGGGGACUAAUUAUCAACUGUAG